AUGGCCGUGCCGCGGGAGCCGCCCGCCGCCCCGGCGCUGCCGCCGCCCGCCGCCCCCGCCGCCGCCGCGCCCUCGUUCGGCGCGGCCCGCGCGCUGGUGGCGCGGCGCCACUCGUGCCUGGUGGCGGCGGCGCACCGGCGGCACGUGGCGCUGCCCCCGCGCUUCCUGGGCCGCAAGCGCUCCGGCAUCCGCGCGCAGCUGGACGCGGAGCUCCUGCGCUACUCCGAGAGCCUGCAGGGCGUGCCCGUGGCGUACGACAACAUCAAAGUGGUGGGGGAGCUCGGCGACAUCUACGAUGAUCAGGGGUUCAUCCACCUGGACGUGGAGGCGGACUUCAUCAUCUUCAGCCCCAAGAAGGGGAAGAAGCUGGUGGGUGUAAUUAAUAAAGUGGCCCCUAGUCACAUUGGCUGCCUGAUACAUGGGUGCUUCAAUGCAUCUAUCCCCAAGCCUGAACAAAUGUCCCCUGUACAGUGGCAAGAGCUGGGGUUGAAAAUAGGGGAUGAACUGAAAUUUCAGGUGUUGCACUUGGAUUCUGAUACAGCUGGGGUGUUCUUCAUUCGAGGAGGACUCACUAAAAGCAGCAUGCGGCCCAAAAAAUCUGCUGCAGUCCCUGAAAGUACAAAUGGGGAUGAAAUUCAAAAUCUUGAGCACCAGGAAAAUGGCCUGAAAAACUGUGGAGAAGAUGAUAAUGUCACUGAAGAGCCUUUAAAUGAGAUGGGUAACCUGGAGAGGGAAAAUGAAGAGCCAGGUGCUGAUGCUGUGAAUGGAUUAUGUGAUGACAAAAAGAAGAAGAAGAAAAAGAAAAAAGAUAAGGACAAGGACAAACAAGGAGAACAGGAACUUGUAUUGCCUACCAGUGACUCCAGUGGUUACCAAAGUGACCAUAAGAAGUCAAAGAAAAAGAAAAGAAAGCAUUGUGAUGAAGUUGAAGAAAGUGAAUUAUCUCAGCUGUCAGAAAAACCCGAAGCAAAAAAGAAAAGGACUAAGGUCUGAAGUGUCUUCCCUGCAUUACAUUUCAGAUGUUUUUGAUAAGUUUCAAUAAAACCCUGUUUUGAAAAUGUGUAUCUCUUUUUCUUUACUACACAGUCUGCUCUGCUAGGUCAGAUGGUGUUUGUGUGAAUAUGUGCACCAGCAGUUUGAAAGGCAAGAUUUUUUAAAGUCGUGAUAGAAGCAAUAUCUUCCUGGUUUUUUUACUGGAAAACAAGGCACAAAAGAACUGUGGAAUGUAAUUACAGGAGCACAUGUAGCACCUCUGUGUCUCCUUUCCUGUUCCACAUUAGCAUUAGCCAGUUGGUAGUUACAGUGCGUGCUGCUGUAACUCCAUCUUUGCCAAUCAGUGUCUUGAUUUUACAUGAGUAUAUUAGGAUUAUCUUUGGGUUUCUGGGAAAUUCAUGUGAAUUCCCAGGAGGCUUAAAAGAGAAAUUUUUGAGUUUAAGUUUUCAGCUUUUGGUUGCAGCUCUUUUCAGUUGUGAGGAGCUCUGGGUAGAACUGUAGCGUGAGUAGUGUUUCACCAAGGUAGGAGGCAGUGAUGGCUUUGGUAUUGAUUUACCUGUUACAAGAAGAAAUAAUCAGCUCCUUGAAAGCCUUGUAAGUAAACAGCAUGAAUGUGGAAACUUGCUGUUUAUCUCUUUUCCUAGGUGAUAAAACAUUUUGCUGUAGUGAUUAAUUCUGAUGCUAUUAGCUCACUUCAAUAGAAGUGUUUACACCUUCUAAUAACAUCCAUUCACAUUGAACAUGUUCUGCAUUUCAAGUCUGACAAUACUUAGGGCUCACUUUGUGUAUUAAUAUCAUUUAUACUUCUUUAAAGCUCCAGAUGUGCCAAGAUAAAGUUACCAGCUUACAGGCUCGAUGGCAUGACAGUAGACAGUAGGCAUUUUAAAGUUAUGGCGCUAUAAAAAGCCAAGUUAAGACUUUUUGAAGACUUACAAGAAAGUGCACUUCAGUAGCUAAUGCCAGCAGUAGCAGAAAUUGCAGGAUGUCCUCUUGUGUUUGCUCUUCAGUGUACUCCAUCUUGAGAUGAAGCCAGUUUCUGAGCAGUCCUGAGGCGAGCACGAAUUGUCCCUGUUGUGUUUCUGUGUCAUGAUCCUGACGCUUGAUUUCCACACAAUUUCAUAGGCACUGGCUCUUCUAUCCAUUUCUCCUGUGCUGUGAUAAAACCUGAGAAGUCAGAUGAUGUUUGUAAUGUAUUACAUCAUGCUGCAGGAUCAGCUGAGGGCAGUAUUCUGGUGUG